AUGUAAAUAACAAAAUCACGAAAACAAAAUUACAGGAUUACAAUUUCGCGUACAUUUUAUGUUGGAACAUUACACGUAAUAUAAGACAUGCAAAAUAAGACGAUGAUAACGCAUAUAAUUCGUGAGAUGUCAUUAUGACGCUUAUAUCUGCUCUUGAUAGUCGAAAAGUUAAGUGAGGGGAUAAGACUCUAUCAGUUAUAAUGUCACAUGACGCACUUCCCACUGUCGUGCAAUAUAAUCAGUUGAGAGAACAGGAUUCUAACAGUCGUUUGCAGAAAUUGUCCCUGAAAACAAGCAACUGUAAUUAUAAAGUGAUUGUCAUUAGUCCAAGUGAAAACUCCGCAGUCCAUACGUACUACUGAACUAAUAAACCGUAAUAUCGAACUGGCAACAAUUAGGAAAACGUAACAACGUUCCUCUUCGACCGUGCAAUCAAUCAAACUAACAGUGAUGGAGCUUUCUACUUUGCUUCUGGGUAUUCUCGCAAUAUGCAUUUGUAUGUAUUAUUUUAUUCUGAGUCAAAUGUCUUAUUUUGACCAACGGAAAGUUCCAUAUAAACGACCAGUACCAUUACUGGGCAACAUGGCGCCCUUUAUUUUUCGACGUAUAAGUUUCGUGGACAAUAUACACAGACUGUACAAUCACUUCUCGAAUGCGAGAUACUUCGGAUUCUAUGACAUGAUGACACCAGUAUACGUGAUACGUGAUCCGGAGCUCAUUAACACUAUCGCCAUUAAACAUUUCGACAAUUUUACGGAUCAUCGCAACUUUGUAAACGAAGAUGUGGAACCGAUUGCCGGAAGGAACCUAUUUGGUUUACGGGGUGAUCACUGGCGCGAGAUGCGAAAGCUUCUCAGUCCUAGCUUUACAUCCAGCAAGAUGAAAAUGAUGUUCGUUCUAAUGUGUCAAUGCGCCGAGAACUUCACCGAUUUUGUAACAACUGAAUGUGGAAAAUCCAGCAAGACAUAUGACAUGAAGGAUACACUCAGGAGAUACGCUACUGAUGUAGUGGCCACGUGUGCUUUCGGCAUCAGCGUGGAUUCUUUCAACCAACCGAAGAACGAGUUCUUCUUAUCUGGUAAUAAAUCUAUAAACUUUGAUUUUAAAAUGACAUUAAAGUUUCUCAUGAGCAGAAAUUGGCCGCGACUUGCAAAACUUCUCAGAAUAAGAGUGUUUACCGCUGAGAUAGAAAACUUCUUUAAAAACAUCGUCAAUGAUACUGUGAAAGCCAGGGAUGAGCACGGAAUUGUCCGACCAGAUAUGAUACAGUUGAUGAUGCAGACAAGGGACAAGAAUUAUGGGCCUGCAUUUGACAUUGAUGAAAUGACCGCUCAAGCGUUUGUCUUCUUUCUUGCUGGAUUUGAUUCCGUAUCGACAGGUAUGUGUUUCUUGGCACAUGAGAUCGCAGUAAAUCCUGAUGUUCAGACCAAACUUAGAGCCGAAAUUGAAGAUGUCCUUAAACAAAACAAUGGCAAACCUACUUACGAGGCCAUUAAUGGCAUGAAGUAUUUGGAUGCUGUUGUGACUGAAGUCAUGAGAUUAUAUCCAUUGGCAUCAUUUCUCGAUAGAGUGUGUACUAAGGAUUUCGAAAUGCCACCUGCUACUCCGGAUGGCAAACCCGUCACGAUUAAGCCUGGAGAGAGUGUUUGGUUCCAGAGUUAUUCUCUGCAUCGCGAUCCCAAAUAUUACUCGGAGCCUCUCAAAUUUAAUCCAGACAGAUUCCUGAACGAGAGUGUGGACAACUCAGUCUACAUGCCAUUCGGUAUUGGACCUAGAAUUUGCAUAGGCAACAGAUUUGCUUUGAUGGAAGCGAAAAUUAUGAUAUUCUACCUGCUGUGGCGUUGCGAUCUCGAACCAGAUGUUAAAACAAAAAUCCCGAUGGUGCUGGACAAGUCGGCGUUCAUAACAACGGCGGAGGGUGGCUUCUGGUUGAAAUUGCGGGCGAGAAAUCAGACUAUUUCUAUUACAUCAUGCUUAUCAAACGGACACAACUUACAUACAAAAGAUACAUAAAAUAGUAUAUAUAUUUUACAAAUUUCUAUAACACCAAAAACUGUUUUUUCUUAUACGCAUAUAUAUACAUUUGUACAUAUGCAUAAUUAAAUAUUAAAUAGGAAUAAUUUAAUAUUAAUACAUGAAAUAAUGAAAUAUAUGUGAAAACAGUUCGAUAUAUCCAAACGCGCGAAAUUUCAGUUGUAUUGUUGAUAAAUUUUAUCUUUAAAAACUUGCUCUUUAAAAAUUGUUGUAGUUUUGAUAUUGUUUUAGAAUGUUUUUCUUGCAAUUAGAAUAUUCCAUAAAAUCUGCCCUAAAAAUUAAAUUACCGGCGAUUUUGAGUCACUGUCUAUCUCUGUUUAUAUAAUAAUGUUGCACCCAAUCGGAGAGUGCUUCCUGUGAAACAUCCUAUCCCGAGCUGUUGCUCGGGUUACCGAAUACGCUCCACGCCACUGCUUCUUCAUGGCUUCUUGGACCCAUCCGGCGUCCUCCAGGAGCUGGCCAUCUGCCCCAAGACGCCGAAUAAGCCCACCGUUCCACAGGAAGCACUCUCCGAUCGGAUGCAACACUAUUUCUAGAUCCUAUAUACGUGUAAUAUUUAGUAUACAUGGAUGAUAUAAAUUGAGUAAUUAAUCUUUCUUAUAUUUUAUUUUAAAUGCUUCUUUUCUAAAUUUUUUAAGAAUAAGAUAGGAGAGACAUGUUAAUAUUUUGUUAAAACUAUUUUUUUUUAUAUAUAUAAUUAAUGUAUCCCAAUUUUAUGUAACAGAAUAAAAAUAUUAUAAAUAUCCUUUUCAUCCAUAAAAUAAUUGUUAUAUGUACUGCUCUUUGUAUUGUGGGAAAAAGAUUAUUCUAUAAUGGUAUUGAAAACUGUAUAUAUAAAUUAAGCUGCUUGCUAUUGCAGUAUUAAUACGCUUCAAGAAAAUUAAUUCACUAAAUAAACAAUGAUAAAUCUUCAAAUUUUAUGUGUAAAUAUAUAUCGAAUGAUGUAUCAAUUGGACAUGCAUUACCUAGCAGUCAGUUGCAUAAACUGCUUUUUUUUACGUUGAUCUUUUAACUUCAAACUUAGCUGAAUUUUAAUAACUUUAUUAAUGGUUUAAUGAUUUCAUUGUGAAAAGAGUUUGACCUUCAUAUAAAAGCAUUAUAACAUUUAUCUUCUAAUCUGCACUUGAUAAAGAAAAAAUAUACAUGUAUGUACAUAUACGCGCGCACAUGAGUGAACAAAGUUCAGCAUAUUACGAAUGCAAAAUAUUUGUGAUUACUACGAUUCAUUUAUAUACACAUUAUUGCAUGUCACGUACUUAUUGCAAUUUGAACCUAAUUAUUUUGAUUACGAUGACGAAGUAAAUUCCUUAUUCUGAAAUUAUAAUACACGGAAGAAAAUUGAUGAUUAUGUAUGGUAUGUAUUUGUAUAUUUGCUUACUACAUAAAAAGAAU